CUCAAAACAGAGGUGCAGGCAUCUUUGGAUCUCGCCACCUUCGUCUUAAGUGACUUGUUCCCAUCACCAGCGCGAUGUCGGGCAGCCAUCUCUCCAAGGAUUUCUUUGAGCUCGUCAAGAGCAUCGGCGAAUCCAAGUCGAAGCAGGAAGAGGACCGCAUCAUCGUCUCCGAAGUUGCGCAACUGAAGCGCAAGAUGACCGAGUUGAGCCAAGCGUCCAACUCGCAGGCCGCGCAGGCGAACAAGAAGAAGCAAAAGGAGUUCUUGAUUCGACUCAUGUACGUGGAAAUGCUCGGACACGAUGCUUCCUUCGGGUACAUCAAGGCCGUGGAAAUGACUGCGUCCACAAACCUUAUCCAGAAGCGCGUGGGGUACCUCACGUGCUCGUUGACGCUGUCCCCGACCCACGAGUUCCGGUUCAUGAUCAUCAACCAACUGCAGCGCGACCUCCAGUCCGCGAACCACCUCGAAGUGUGCUCAGCCCUCAUGGCCGUGUGCAAGCUCGUGACCACGGAGAUGAUUCCUGCUGUGCAGCCUAUGAUCAUCGAGUCCCUUCGCCACGACAUUGAACUCGUCCGGAAGAAGGCCGUGAUGGCGCUCCAUCGAUUCCAUCAACUCAAUCCCGAUAGCGUGGCCGGCCUCGGCGACAGUCUGCGCCGCACCCUAUGCGACCGCGACCCAAGUGUCAUGGGUGCCGCGCUCUGCCUGCUGCACGACGUGGCCGUGAUCACCCCCUCGGCAUACAAAGACCUCGUUCCUAGCUACGUAAGCAUUCUGAAGCAGAUCACCGAGCACCGGUUGCCGCGCGAGUUCGACUACCACCGCAUCCCCGCGCCGUGGAUCCAGAUCCGACUGCUCAAGAUCCUGGCGCUGCUCGGCCAGGCCGACCAAGCCACGAGCGAAGGCAUGUACGAAGUUCUCCACGAUGUCAUGCGCCGCGCCGACACUGGCAUCAACGUGGGCUACGCCAUCAUCUACGAAUGCGUGCGCACUGUCACGACCAUUUACCCCAACUCGACGCUGCUGGACGCGGCCGCCGCCAGCAUUUCCCGCUUUAUCUCGAGCGACAACCACAACUUGAAAUACUUGGGCGUCACGGGCUUGGCGGCCAUUGUCAAGGACCACCCUCGGUAUGCCGCCGCGCAUCAAAUGGCCGUGAUCGACUGCUUGGAAGACCCCGAUGAGACGUUGAAGCGCAAGACACUGGACCUGCUCUACCGCAUGACCAACCCCGUCAACGUCGAGUUUAUCGUGGCCAAGCUCACGACAUUUCUCCGCGAAGCCACGGAUGUGUUUUUGCGUACAGAGUUGGUCUCUCGCAUCACGCAAUGCGCCGAACGGUUUGCCCCAAGCAACGCAUGGUACAUUCAAACCAUGACCAACGUGUUCGAGCUGGGCGGGGACCUGGUCAAGGUGGAAGUCGCGCACAACCUCAUGCGCCUCAUUGCCGAAGGCAGCGGCGACGACGAAGACCAGGACGCGGAGCUGCGCCGCGAUGCCGUCGACACGUACUUGGAGUUGCUGGAAAAGCCUGUGCUGCCAGACAUCCUGGUCUGCACCAUGGCGUGGGUGCUGGGCGAGUACGGGUACCUCUCGGAAGCGAUGCACGUGGACGAGAUCGCCGAGCGGCUGUGUGAGCUGAUCGACCGUCCAUUCGACAACGAAGACGUGACCCGCAGCUACAUUGUGUCGGCCGUGACCAAACUGCUGGCGCAGUUGGAAGGCGGCACGGGACUGCCCGUCGCCGAGGCGAUGAUGCACAAGUACAAGACGUCUCGGCACAUUGACCUACAGCAGCGCUGCCUCGAGUACUUAGCGCUCAAGCCGUACCCGCAGCUGGUGGCCCGCACUCAUCCCGUGGACGCCAGCUGCGAAGACCUGGACGUGGACGUCAACUUGUCGUUUUUGCAGGCAUUUGUCGACACGGCGUUGGCCAAAGGCGCGCCCCGGUACGACCCCCCCGACGACUUGGACGACGACGACGGCUUUGGCGGCCGCCGAGACCACGUCCAGCUCAACAUUGAAGCGUACAAGAAGCCCGAGUUGCCGUACUCUGGUGUCAAACUUCAAAGCAACGAUCCGUUGGGGGCGGGCGUCCCGUGGGCCCCUCCUGGCGGCGGCGGUCCGACCUCGACGUACCCUGCUGCGGGUCCGGCGUCGACGUAUGGAGGGGCGGCUGGUGCCCCCCCGGUGGUGGCUGGAGCUGGUUGGGGAAGCCAACAAAAGUCGGUGCGAAAUGUAUGGGGCCCCACCGGCAUCAACGCGAACGAGCCGCCCCCACAACAGCACCAACCUCAACCGUACGGCAGCAACCAACCCCCGUAUGGCGGAGGCUACCCCCAGCACCAGCAGCCGCCCCAAGGGCCCCCUCCUUCCCAAUACGGAGGCGGUCCGUCGUCCACGUACCAUUCCGAGUACCGCCCCGACGACGAAGACACGGACGACGAACCUGUGGUCGACGAGCGAGCUGUCAUGGCAGCGUCGUUGUUUGGGGGUGUGCCGGGCGCCGCCCCCCCCGCGGCGAAGCGGGGCUCUGUCAAGGCGGACGUCCCCAGCUCGCUGUCCCGCAAAUCGACUGUGAAGAAGACGAUCAAGCGCAAGUCCGCCAAGGCCGAAUCGGAUCAAGGAGGGUUCCUCAACGCCCCCCCGGCCCCCCAGCAACAGCAACAACAACAGCAACCCGCGCACGUCGAUUUACUCGACAUUUCGUUCGACUCGAACUACGCAAGCAAUCCGUUGCCGUCGACCAACAACUACUUGGACCCGUUCGCCCCGCAACCGGCCGCGGCUGCUACCGUGAUUUCCCCGUCACAAGCGCGGGAAGUGCCGCUGGAUCCGUUUCAAAUGAGCGGACUCAUCUCGUCGAUUGUGCCCGACUCCACCAAAUUCCAGCAUCAAGGGCGGGCGUUGGAGCCGUGGCUGAUUUCCACGCAAGAGUUUGGCGGACGAUGGGGCUCGUGCCCGUGUGAAGUCAAGUCGAACGUGGCGACCACGACGAUCCGCACUCUGGACGACUUUUGCCACCGCAUCCAUGCUUCCGACAUCAACCCCGUGGAAGCGAUUCCGCAAACGAGCGAAGUGAUUGCGGCCGGGCGGGUUCAAAACCCUGAGAGUGUGGCGUUGAUUCACUGCAAAGUGCGACAGGGAGGGUUGGACCUGACGGUGCGAACAGCGGACCCAGCCUUCUCGAAUAGCCUGAGCGCGUUCCUCGGCCAAAUUUUGAAGUAAUCGACACGACGGACGCGUGCUGUUUAAAGUGCCAUAUCCAAAUAUAUGCUAUCGAGUUGUGCGGGAGAUGUGACUUCGUUUAUAAUAAUCAGAGAAAAACUUCGACCCGUACUAUGAAUAUCAUCGAU